UAGGUGGCGCUGCAGGCUGUGAGUCGCUGUCAGCGUUUGUUUAUUGAAGUAGUUGCAGGCCUGGCUGCUCGGCAGGCAGCCUAGUUAGUCCUAAUGAUUUUUCUUCAGUUCCACACUCGGAGACUGGUAACCCAGGUUUACUUUGGAUUGAAGCCAGGAUCAAGAAAGAAGGGCAUUGCGGUUGAUAUGGCGCGCCCAAGUUCUAAUCUGGCUGACUUUCGAGAAGCAUUUGCUAAGGCAAAGCAUAUAGCAGUUAUUACAGGAGCCGGGGUUAGUGCAGAGAGUGGAGUUCCCACUUUCAGGGGUGCUGGAGGAUACUGGAGAAAAUGGCAAGCUCAGCACUUGGCAACACCUGAGGCCUUCGCCAGGAAUCCCUCUCGUGUUUGGGAAUUUUACCAUUACCGAAGAGAAGUGAUGCUGACAAAAAGUCCAAACCCAGCACAUCUAGCCAUUGCAGAGUGUGAAGCUCGGCUCAGCAAGCAGGGGAGGAAGGUGGUGGUGAUAACACAGAAUAUUGAUGAGCUGCAUCGCAAGGCCGGGACACGCAAUCUCUUUGAAAUACAUGGUAGUUUAUUUAGGACCCGAUGUAACACUUGUGGCAGUGUGAAGGAAAAUUACAAGAGCCCUGUAUGUCCUGCUCUUGAAGGAAAAGGUGCCCCUGACCCUGAGGCUAUUGAUGCUGCUAUUCCAGUCGAGGAAUUACCAAGGUGUGAAGAAAAUGGCUGCCAUGGUCUCCUCCGACCUAAUGUUGUAUGGUUUGGUGAGACCCUGGAUUCUCAUCUUCUGGAAGAAGUGGAGAAAGAGUUGGAAAUAUGUGACUUGUGUUUGGUGGUUGGAACGUCAUCAGUUGUCUAUCCUGCCGCCAUGUUUGCACCACAAGUGGCAGCUCGAGGAGUGCCUGUUGCCGAGUUCAAUAUGGAGAGCACACCUGCAACCAUGGGCUUUGCGUUCCAUUUCCAAGGUCCAUGUGGAACAACAUUGCCUCCAGCACUUGCUCGCCAUGAAACGGAGCUUAUCUCUUGAACUUAACUUGCACAUUGUAUUGUAAGCAACUAAUGAACUGUUACAGUGUAUGAGCAAAAGAAGGAUUUGUUCAACAAAAUGGCCGCAGUUUCUGGGAGCCUGACAUUUUUACCACUUAUUUUUGGAGUCUCUUGAUGUCUUAAAAAAUUGUUCACUUGCACUAUA